ACCCCCUCCCAUCAUGAUCCAGCUGACGAUUCUCGCAGCACUGGCUGCCGUGGCGAAAGCAGGAGUGAUCUCGCCGUACGCGGGGCACGGCUACGCGGCCGCCCCGGCCUACCCGGCGCCGGCCCGAUACGCCGCUCCCGCCCCUGUCCCGGCUUACGCCCCCGCCUACGCCGCCCCGGUGGCCCACUACGCCCCGGCACCCGCCCCCGCUGCCUACGCCGCACCUGUGGCCAAAUAUGCUGCACCGGUUUACGCCGCACCGGCUGCCAAAUACGCCCCCGCCUACGACGCGGAAUACGACCCACACCCCUCCUACAACUUCGCCUACGACAUCCAGGACGCCUACACGGGCGACUCCAAGUCCCAACACGAGUCCCGGCAGGGCGACGUAGUCAAGGGUAGCUACAGCUUCAUCGAGGCCGACGGUAGCCGAAGGACCGUCGACUACACGGCCGACCCCCACAACGGCUUCAACGCCGUCGUCCACAAGGAGCCCGCCGGCCACCCCGUAGCACCCAAGCCGGCGUACAAGGUCGCACCCGCCCCUGUUGCUUAUGCAGCCCCCAAAGCAUACGCCUACGCGCCCGUCGCCUACGCACCCAAGGCCUACGCUGCCCCAGCCUACGCCUACGCCCAUUGAGGGCACCCGGCACCGACCACACAGAUGAUCUCUCCUCGAUGCUUCGUCCUGAGCAUGGUUUCCUCCCUUAGGGAGAAGCGGGUUUGAAAGGGGUGCAUUUUCCGAUAAGGAACUACUUCUGGUUUAUCUAUAAAAGCACCGUAGGAAAACUGGACCACAUUUUGCAAUUAGGAACUACCUUUUUCUAGCUAUUUUUAGAAAGAACAUAAGUUUUAUUCGUUCCCCUAUGUGGACAAAAGCUUUAUGAAGGGGUCAGAAAUAGUAGGUCUGUACUGCAAAAUGUGGUCCGAUUGGUGCAUUCUUUGCCUCGAAAAUUAGACUUGAAUAGUAGUUCUAAAUUGCAAAAUGUUGUCCAAAAUAUGUAUAACCAAUUUGACUUCAAAUUGCAAUGAGAUACUAAAAUUUGUAACUCAUUCAUAAAGGUACCUUCCUUCAGAGGGAAACUAGUUGUAAAUGCGGUGCUUUAAAUGAGCUAGUAAUGGCCUGCAUUUUGCAAUUAGGAACUGCAAUUUCUGGCUCAUUCGUAAAAACACGCAUGUGCAUAAGGAAACUAAUGGCACGUACAAUGUUUUUAAACUGAGUCAGAAAGUGUAAUUCUCAAUUGCAAAAUUUAGUCCAAAUAGUAGUUCUACGUUGCAAAAUGAAGUCUAAUUAAAACGGGUCUACUUUGAGGGUGUUUAUAUUUGACAAAAGGGCGUAAGUAUAUUUCAACGUUGCAAAAUUUCCAAAGGCAAUUUAUUUUUCCGCAAGAAAACCGUCGGGCAUCUGAUUGAAUAGCAGAAUUUUGAAUAGUGACCGUACGGUAAUAUUCUCGUGAAAAAAUUAAUGUUUUUCGUCAGUUUUGUAAACUUGGAAUAAAGGUACCUUCAUUCGUCUGGAACUUGACAACAUGGUGAACGUGAGAGCGAUUUAUUCAGAAUGAAGAAUACAUAGUCCCAACUCUUACUCCCAUGUCAAAAAAUUUUAAAUUAUCUCAUGGUAACGUUUUUGGCGAUGCGUACUAAAGAGGAACUUAAUGUUGUGUUGCGGGUUAAUUUUUUUUUCUUGGAUGGAAUCAUGCUCAUUAUUAGAUUUAAGUAUCACUGUUCUCUACAAGAAUAUUGAUGUUUUAGAUUUUCGUUAUAAUUUCUUAUUUCUUAAGCUGGUUUGUUUAUGAGCUUCAAUAUUUUAAGCGUUUUCGAUAAAUAAGAUUGUUUAUCGUUGAAAGUUGCACAAACAUUAUGUAUUUUCUAAUUAUAUUGUUUGUAAAAUAAUUUUUGCUGCUGCGUCACGUAUGCAUGAAAUAUAUUUAAAAAAUUGUC